AUGGAAUUUCUUGAAAACGGAGACAUGCAGACAUUCAUCAACCAAGAAUAUACGUGUAAACCUCAGGAAUACAUCAGAAUUGUUUCAGAAAUCUUGGAAGCUUUGAGUUACUUACACGCUAGAGGUAUUAGUCACAGAGACAUAAAACCAGCUAAUAUCAUGUUUGAUAAGAAUUUUCAUCCAAAACGCAUUGAUUUCGGUUUUUGCAGAGAGAAUUCUCCAAAAUUAAAAACCUAUUGCGGAACAGACCUUUUAAUUGCUCCUGAAAUUAUGAGGCAUAGAUGCUACGAUGGAGAAAAGGCAGAUAUGUGGUCUUUUGGUGUUACAGCUCAUAUUUUUGUUACAAGAAAUCUUCCAUUUGAAUAUAAAAGCGAUUCUCAGUAUUGGAAAGAUGUUAAAAACAGAACUCUCAAGAUAGAAAAUCAGGCACAUGGAAUAAUUGGAUGGCUUGUGGAUCAAACUGUGAAAAUAAAUCCAGAUGAAAGAAUGGAAGCAGGAGAACUUCUUGAAAAUCUUAAAAACAAGAUUACAGAAGGAUACAACUUUGUUAGACAAAUAAAACCAGGAUUUGUAAUAAGUACCGCUGUUCUUCCAAAGAAUAAGACAAUGAUUAACCCAAAGUUUGUCAAUCGAGCAAGAAUUAUCACCUAUAAUGCCACAUUCAUGGACAGAUUGAAUCACAUGGGGCCUUUGAACCAAGAGACUCUUUAA